GCAUCAUCCCGCUGUCUUCUCCAACCAGAAUCGCGGCUGAAGGGUCUGAGCAGUUGCAGUGAGAGGUAAACAGUGCGACAAUGAGAGAAAUCGUGCACAUCCAGGCUGGCCAAUGCGGCAACCAGAUCGGUGCCAAGUUUUGGGAAGUCAUCAGUGAUGAGCAUGGGAUUGACCCGAGUGGGAAUUAUGAGGGUGACUCAGACCUGCAGCUGGAGAGGAUUAGUGUCUACUACAAUGAAGCUUCUUCUCUCAAAUAUGUACCCAGAGCCAUCCUAGUGGAUCUGGAACCAGGCACAAUGGACAGUGUUCGAUCAGGGCCCUUCGGACAUCUCUUCAGACCAGACAAUUUUAUUUUUGGACAAAGUGGAGCUGGAAACAACUGGGCAAAGGGUCAUUACACAGAAGGUGCAGAGCUGGUAGACUCUGUCCUUGAUGUGGUGAGAAAAGAAUGUGAAAAUUGUGACUGUUUGCAAGGCUUUCAGCUUACUCACUCUCUGGGUGGAGGUACUGGAUCUGGCAUGGGAACCCUGCUUAUUAGCAAAGUACGAGAGGAAUAUCCUGACCGAAUCAUGAAUACUUUCAGCGUUGUUCCUUCUCCAAAAGUUUCUGACACAGUAGUGGAACCAUACAAUGCCACCCUCUCCAUCCAUCAGCUUGUAGAAAACACAGAUGAAACUUACUGCAUAGAUAAUGAAGCCCUGUAUGAUAUCUGCUUCCGGACCCUCAAACUUGCAACACCCACCUAUGGAGAUCUCAAUCAUUUGGUGUCGGCUACCAUGAGUGGCGUCACUACUUCUCUGAGAUUUCCAGGACAGCUCAAUGCAGAUUUGAGAAAGCUUGCAGUGAACAUGGUACCUUUCCCUCGUCUCCACUUCUUUAUGCCAGGAUUUGCACCUCUUACUGCCCGAGGAAGCCAACAGUAUCGGGCAUUAACUGUUCCAGAACUCACUCAGCAGAUGUUUGACGCCAAAAAUAUGAUGGCAGCUUGUGAUCCCCGUCAUGGUAGGUACUUGACAGUGGCCACAGUUUUCAGGGGUAAGAUGUCCAUGAAGGAAGUUGAUGAGCAGAUGUUGGCUAUUCAGAGCAAGAACAGUAGCUACUUUGUGGAAUGGAUUCCCAACAACGUUAAAGUAGCUGUCUGUGAUAUUCCACCCCGUGGACUCAAGAUGUCCUCCACAUUCAUUGGAAAUAGUACUGCUAUCCAGGAGCUUUUUAAGCGGAUCUCGGAGCAGUUCACAGCUAUGUUCCGCAGGAAGGCAUUCUUGCACUGGUACACUGGUGAAGGUAUGGAUGAGAUGGAGUUUACUGAAGCAGAGAGUAACAUGAAUGACCUGGUAUCUGAAUACCAACAGUACCAAGAUGCUACCGCAGAUGAAGAAGGGGAGGUGUAUGAGGAUGAUGAAGAAGAAUCUGAAGCACAUGGUCCAAAAUGAAUUGCAAAUCUUUCAGUGUCCACUGAGAGGAUGUGAAAACAUUUUGCCCUAGAUCUUCACUUAUCAGACUUUUACUUGUCUUUGCUACGAGUUAGCUCAGUAAAAGAUUACUUGCUUCUGGUAGCCUUAUCCUGUUAUCCUCUUUACACUCAGUAUUGAUCAGCAACCAACUCUGUAUAAGUUCUAGAUAUUCAAAACUCUAUAACUUUUUAUUUAAAUAACAUGAAUUCCUGAUUUUAUUUUAUACUGUUCGCCAGUUUAUUUUUUGAAUAUUUAAUAAAUUAUUGCUGUGAAACAG